ACUCGGAUGAUUGGCACUCCGGACAUUGCCGCGCGAAGCCGCACGCGAAGUGCGCUCGUCGGAGAUUAAAGUGCGACCUUUAGUCCCGCAGGCUAGUCUAUUUUCCCGAUUAGAUAGAAAUUCACGGAGGGGCAGCGGCAGCUUGAAUCAACUGCAUGCUCCCGUGUCCAAGUCAUAAGCUCCUUAACUUAUAGUCUCCUUGUCGUUGCCCUGCUCUCUGUUUUGUACUACUCAAGACUCAGCCAUCAUCAAAAUGUCGGAAUCCACCGCCCCAGAGCCCAUAGUCGUCGACAAACCCACCGAGGAUGCGCCUGCUGCAACGGACGCUCCUGUAACGGAGGCUUCAGCUGAAGCAGCUGCUCCAGCUCCCUUAAGCGGAGAUGAGGACACAAAAAUGCUCAAGGCUGCCAGGCAGAUCGAGUUUUACUUCGCAGACUCGAAUCUUCCAUAUGACCGAUUCAUGUGGUCCCUUCACACUGCCAACCCGGAGCACUGGGUACCUAUAUCUACCGUAGCAUCCUUCAAGCGCAUGCGGGACUACACCCCGCUAGGCGUCGAAUGGGUUGCCAACGCGCUCCGCAAGAAGAGCGACCAGCUCGAAGUGAGCGAGGACGGGACGAACGUGAGGAGGAAAAAUGAAGUGCAGGAGCCGAAGGGGCAGAUGGAGAGGAGUAUCUAUGCCAAAGGGUUUGGUACGGAAACGCCUGAUCUCCAGACAAAACUCGAAGAAUAUUUCGAGAAAUACGGUCGCACGAACGCCGUUCGUAUGCGCCGUUCGAAUGAAAAGGAGUUCAAGGGCUCCGUGUUCGUCGAGUUCUCGGAUUUCGACUCCGUGUCCAGAUUCCUCAACGCUGACCCUAAGCCGUCAUGGAAUGGCGAGCCUCUCCUCAUCAUGACCAAAGAGGCGUACUGCGAGAUGAAAAUCAAAGAAAAAGGCCUCACUGGCAAGGCCGCCGAGAUCCGGAAGGACAUGCUCUCCACCCCGUCCCGGAAGGGCUUCAACGCUUUCCGCGAGAUGGCCAAGGAGAAGGGAGGUAAAGGUGGCGAGGAGAAGGCCAAGCCGAAGCCGUCCGUCAGUAUCGAAUUUAUGGGCCAGAAGAUACCGGUGGAUGAGAAGGACGGGGAAGGUCACGCGGACGAGGAUAUGUUCGAAACGGUCAAGGGAGCGUCCUUGAAGUUCGAGGGGUGCGGAGGGGAGUGUGAUUACAACGAAGUCAAGGGGCCCAUGCGUGAACGCUUCGCCCGUGUGCCGUUCAUUCAAUACGAGAAGGGCAGCGAUUGGGGCCUCCUCGGCUUCGACAAACCGCUCACGGAGGAAGAGAUCCAGUACGUGAAGGACAACGUGAAGACCAUGAACGGCAACACCGUGACAUGGUCGCUCUGCGACGAGGAGGAAGAGCGCAAGUUCGAGGUUGAUCGUCUGCAGCACGCUGCGAAGCGCCUGUUCUCCAGUAACCAGCGCUCCGACAAGGGCUCUCGAGGCGGUCGUGGCCGUGGGCGCAGCCGCGGGCGAGGCGGUCGUGGUGGUCGCGGUGGUGGACGGGGAGGCGACCGGGACAGCAAGCCCAGGGGAGGCGAGAAGAGCGAGGGCAAGGGAGGCGAGAAGAGCGAGGGCGGCGAGAAAAAGGCCGGGGAGGAGACGGCUGGCGAUAAGAGGAAGCGUGCCGUCGAGCCUGACGGUGGACCGUUUACCGGCACCCGGGGGGCCACCGUGCCCGUGAUACAGAGUGUUGCGAAGAAGGCGAAGGUGGACGGCGAGUCGUCAUGAUCUCUUGCGAGUCGCGGUAUGAUAUUGCUGCUUUGGGUGUUGUAUGUCUGCCCCACGCUUGCUUGUGUUUGCUCAAUGUACACUAAUGUCCCUCCGAUGUAUUGUCAU